AUGGCGGUGCGGGGCGCGGACGGCGCGGACAGCCAUCGGCGCGUUCGGAGGCAGAACGGCGAGGUCGUGGAGAGCAUCUUCCAGAUCCCGAUCUCGACGCUACAGGCCGUGUCCAAGGCCUUCACCACGGGCAUCCAGACGUUCCAGCGAGGCCGUGAGCAGUUCUACCAGGCGAGCCGUCCGACGGGCGGGGGCCUGAACGCCGCCUACAACUACCAGAACGGCCUGAGCAGCAUCAACUACCAGCAGUCCAGCAAGCCGUCGGCGGCGUACAGCCCCUACAAGCCGGCCUACAACGCGUACAAGCCGGCCUCCGGCGCCUCCAGCAGCGCGGCCUACUCGCAGGCCUACGCCGUCCUCAACAGGCCCGGCUACGUCCUGUACAACUACAACCGGCCCCGCGCCGCCGGGCAGUCGCAGGCUGCCAGCGUGGCAGGGGUGGCGCCCCAGAGCGACGGCUCCAGCUACAGAAUUUGAAAUCCGCGCCAAAGCGUCCCUCCACGACACCUCGCGGGCAGCCUUUUUAGCGUUCUUCGUACUCGAGUCAUUAUUUUUAAUUGUCACACGAACCAUUCCGCGCGCGUUCGCGGCUUUUUCAUCAUUUUCAUUCGUUUCUUAAAGUAUUCUGGUGCGUCCUUGCGGUGAAGCGGUCAAAUUUAGAACUUUAGCGCGGAAUAUGAAGAGUGUUUUUAUCAGUGGAUGUCGCCGGGGCGUGCCGUUCGGAUGGCGUUCCUUGAUUGACUUCGGCGCGCAGGUGGCUGUCUGGUUCCGUUCCUGUGUGCGUGGUGCCGUGCCGCCGCGUACCGCCGUGUCAACGGACGGUCGCACCAUGCCGAAACUCUAGACGCGUUUUGAGCU